UGGCUCAUUGUUUUGGCUGCAGUAGGGGCCCGUGGUGCAGGUGGCCCUGUAGAGAUUCCAGGCUGCCCAUUCACUCACCAGCAGCAGGUCCAAACACAUGGAGCACAGUUUACUUGCAUCAGGGGACUGAGGUGUUGAAAUGGAGUGGAUAUGUGUUCCUCUUGUGCUUUUCAGUGGGAUUCCUUUAGCUUUGACACAAUUCAAUGGAUUCAACUGUGAUCCAAACUACCACAGCAGAUUUCCUGGUGAGAGAGAUAUUAGUGUUUACUGUGGUGUACAGACUAUCACACUGAAGAUUAACCUGUGCCCUGUGCUGUACUCUGGAUACACGGAUGCUGACCUGGCACUGAAUGGUCGUCAUGGAGAUGUCCAAUGUCGAGGCUUCAUAAACAACAACACCUUCCCCACAGCUGUGCUUUUCAGCAUCAGUCUGAGCACUCUGGAGGCCUGUGGGAACUCGCUGGUGGUUUCUACAGCUCAGGGAUACAAUGCUUAUGGGAACAUCUCCAUGGUGCAGACAGGGAAUAUUUCGGGCUACAUUGACACCCCAGACCCUCCUACUGUCAUCAGCUACCUUCCAGGUCUGCUGUAUAAAUUUAGCUGCAGUUAUCCUCUGGAGUACCUGCUCAACAACAGCCAGCUUGCAUCCUCAUCUGCUGCAAUAUCAGUAAAGGACAACAAUGGCACUUUCCUGAGCACUCUCAGUUUAGUUCUUCACAAUGAUUCAACCUUCAGUCAGCUGAUCUCUAUACCCAUGUCUGGCCUGUCUUUGAAGACUCGCGUGUUUGCGGCAGUUAAGGCUACGAAUCUGGACAGGAGGUGGAAUGUUCUGAUGGAUCACUGUUAUGCCACUCCCUCUGGGAACCCUAAUGAUGAGAUACGCUAUGACCUUUUCUUUGGGUGUUACAAGGAUCCGCAGACAACAGUUUUUGAGAAUGGAAAGAGUCAGGUGGGCCGCUUUGCAUUUGAAGUCUUCCGUUUUGUAAAACAUAAGAACCAGAAGAUGUCCACUGUGUUCCUGCACUGUGUCACCAAGCUGUGUCGAGCAGAUGACUGUGCCAUGUUAAUGCCGAUCUGUGGAAAGCGCAGGAGGAGAGACACUCCUAUGGAUGAUCAUGUAGUGUCGGGUUCAUCCUCUGGGGAUGCAGUCAUAACCGCAGGCCCCAUAAUCACUAGAAGUGAUGAAACUCCAACCAACAACUCACAACUCGUGAACAAUUCCUCCCAGCAGCUGAAUAAUGUAACCAGUGCCUUGAUAUCGGGUGUGGUCGUGCUGGGCGUGAUUAGCCUGGGCCUCUUCGUCCUGUCCCUCUGGCUGCUCAAGAAGCCCAGCUCAUCUAGUCUGACAGGGGUCUGGAACCCCAGUUUCAGAUGACCUCCACUCUUUGACCAUGGCUUCCAAAUCCUGUCUGUCUGGUUUGAACUGUACAUUUAUUUACAGUCAGAUGUGUAUACAACUCUCAACACAGAUUUCAGGGAAAUCUGUAUUUUCUGUCAUAUUCCUUUCAUUCCUUUUUAAUUUAGUCCUCAAUGCUACUCUUACUGUAAACUGAAUGUGUGUGUGCUUUAUAUCCCAAAAUCAGCAUAUGGCCACAUUACAAUACUUUAGGACUUUAUGUGAGUCUUUUGAUGGUAAUGUUCCCAAUACCUCAGCUAAUUAUGAUUAAUUUCAGGGUCUGAUUAAUUAUGUCUUAAAGUGCAAUGCACAAGUGUAGGGUGUAGCAUGCACACUUAGAUGAUUUUAGAUGGUUUGUUUUGUGAUUUUUUUCAUGACUCCUUGCAUAUCUUUUAAGCUGUGUGUGUAAACGUGUGUGCAAAUAUGAAUACCUGGAAAAAAGAGAAAAGAGUGAAAGAUAUGGUUAUUCUAUGCUAUGGUUAUAAUGUGAAAUAUUAUAAAAAAUUCUUUAUAGAGUAUUUUGUAACGAGGUGCCAUUAUAACCUGUUUGACCUAUUUGUAUUAUAACUGUAUGUCAUUUACUAUGUCAUGCAUGUGGAUGAUAUUUGGAAUUGUUUUAUUUGUGACAAUCCAACCAAAGUUUCAUUUCACUUAUUUUGAUGCCAUUGUC